UACAUCGUGACUAGCUUGAAUCGACAACCGGUACUGCAGUUGCAUCAAAUAAAUGUCAACAUUUGUGUGAAUUUAGGUUAUUAAAUAUUGUCCAACAUGAAUUUACUCGUGCUGUCCACUCUGAGCUGCAUCUUGGACAAUGUGACACCGUUUUUAAUUCAAUAUAUUUCACGGUAUGUUUAUACGCGCAAAAGAUACGACGUCGAAUUAUGGGUUGAACUGAAAAAAUUGAAAGAUGAAAUGUCAAAGCUCUCCAUAGUAGACGAGUUUGCCAAGUAUGCCAAGCUUCAACGCAAACGCAAUCAAUUAGAGAGUAUUUUAAAUGAGAACAGAAAUCAACGGCAGAGCUGGUUAAUGAAACAGCAGUUAUUGUUAACUUAUGGUUUUCGCAUAUUGAACGGUACAUUAAUUUUGUUGCUGUUGUACAUGUACAAGAGAGAACCUGUAAUUAUUUUGUCGGAGGGUGUACUAUGGCCAAUUGAAAAAUUUCUAAGUUGGCCUUGCCAGCAUGAAAAUGCUAUUUCUUUACUAGCGUGGCUCAUGAUCGUCCGAUUAGGGAUAUCUGCGUGCAAGAAACUUCACGCGCCUAAAAUUGUCUCCUAAUGUUUCCUCACCAUUUGAAAGUACCCGGAACGUGUUCAUCUGAUAAUAAUAAACAGAUAAUAGAUAGAUUUUAUUACUUUAUGAUAAGAGAAAUGAGUUACGUUAAGGAUACAUAAAUUUCCAACGUAAAAUUGAUAUUUUGCAUUUGUGUUCAUUUAUAUUCACUUUUCUUAUUGUUAUAUAAUAAUACGCGUAUGUAUAUUAUUAUUUAUACCUGUAUUUAUAUUAUUUAUUAUAUAAGUCAGUGCGCGACAUUCACUGGUUGAACGGUAAUCCAGAAAUGUCGCAAAGCCGAUUUGGCGAUAAUUUUAUUGUUUCAAAGUAUAGAUCGAUUUUUCGAAUAAUCGAAUAUGUAUGUAUCGAAAAAGUGAUGUAUAUAAAAUAAUCGAGAAAUAUCAAAAUAUAGAAAUAUUUUGACAAGCGAAAA